GGGCGGGCAGCCGCAGCCGCGGCGGGCGGAGCGCGGUGCGUGUGCGCGGCCCGGCCCCGGCUCAUUACUCAGCGGCCGAGGCAGGAGGUGGCGGCGGGAGGCGGCCAGAAGCAAAAUUCGGAUGAAGCAACCUAACUAAGUUGCCGUCAUGAGCAGAAGCAAGCGUGACAACAAUUUCUACAGUGUUGAAAUUGGAGACUCUACUUUCACUGUAUUGAAACGAUAUCAAAACUUAAAACCAAUAGGAUCAGGAGCACAAGGGAUAGUAUGUGCAGCUUAUGAUGCCAUCCUUGAACGAAAUGUUGCAAUCAAGAAGUUAAGCCGACCGUUUCAGAACCAAACCCAUGCUAAAAGAGCCUACAGAGAGCUUGUUCUUAUGAAGUGUGUUAAUCACAAAAAUAUAAUCGGCCUACUGAAUGUGUUCACACCACAAAAAUCCCUGGAAGAAUUUCAAGAUGUCUACAUAGUGAUGGAGCUCAUGGAUGCAAAUCUCUGCCAAGUGAUUCAGAUGGAGCUAGACCAUGAAAGAAUGUCCUAUCUUCUUUAUCAAAUGCUGUGUGGUAUCAAACAUCUUCAUUCGGCUGGAAUUAUACAUAGGGAUUUAAAGCCCAGUAAUAUAGUAGUAAAGUCAGACUGCACUUUGAAGAUUCUUGACUUUGGACUGGCCAGAACUGCAGGAACUAGUUUUAUGAUGACGCCUUAUGUAGUGACUCGUUACUACAGAGCACCAGAGGUCAUCCUAGGGAUGGGAUACAAAGAAAACGUGGAUUUAUGGUCUGUGGGGUGCAUUAUGGGCGAAAUGGUUUGCCACAAAAUCCUCUUUCCAGGAAGGGACUAUAUUGAUCAAUGGAAUAAAGUUAUAGAGCAGCUAGGAACACCAUGCCCUGAAUUUAUGAAGAAAUUACAGCCUACAGUGCGAACUUAUGUGGAGAACAGACCUAAAUAUGCUGGAUAUAGUUUUGAAAAACUCUUUCCGGAUGUCCUUUUCCCAGCUGACUCUGAACACAAUAAGCUUAAAGCAAGUCAAGCAAGGGAUUUGUUAUCAAAAAUGCUGGUUAUAGAUGCUUCUAAAAGAAUCUCUGUGGAUGAAGCCCUGCAGCACCCAUAUAUCAAUGUUUGGUAUGAUCCAUCAGAAGCAGAAGCUCCUCCACCAAAAAUACCAGAUAAGCAGUUAGAUGAGAGGGAGCAUACGAUAGAAGAAUGGAAAGAGUUGAUAUACAAGGAAGUCAUGGACCUGGAGGAGAGAACCAAGAAUGGGGUUAUACGUGGACAACCAGCCCCUUUAGCACAGGUGCAGCAAUGAUCAAUGGCUCUCAACAUCCAUCUUCAUCGCCAUCUGUCAAUGAUGUGUCUUCAAUGUCAACAGAUCCAACAUUGGCCUCUGAUACAGACAGCAGUCUAGAAACCUCAGCUGGACCUCUGGGUUGCUGUAGAUGACUACUUGGUCUUUUGGGGGGUGGGAGGGGGGUCCUUUUAGUCAUUAAUAGGGCACCUUUAAAAUUUGGUGGUAUUUUUGAGUGUUUUUUCAAAAAAUAAUUGUAGAAUUCAUCAUAAAGUGCUGUAAUUUUAAACUGUAAGUUGUGUUAAAAGCAGCCACUUUUUUUUGCUGUAAUUAACUGUAAAAUAUUAAACCUGAUAAUUUUUAUUGUGGUUUUAAAAUCUGCAUAUUUGCUUUACUAUUAUGCUGCUGAUCUUUUUUUACUGAAUUUGUAAGAUUUGUUUUAUCAGAGCACAUAUUAAUGUUGUGGUCCUUACCAUAUAAUGAAUUAUUUAAGAUUUUACAGGUUUUCAAUUUUUUAAUUAGAAUAUAUUCCAGAUGUUUUGUUCAUGAUAUCCUUCAAAGUUUUAUGCUUGGUCAUAUGUCUCUGUCCAGGUGGAGUGGGAGAGAAAAUUCAGUGCAGCCAGCUGUAGUUGUGGGCAUACUACUGUGGUGCUGGCAGUGACAAAAUCCUCUUUUAUUUUGGCCACAUGCCUAUAAUACUUCAGCUAGAGCAACAACUAGUGAGUUUUUUUAGAGAGACAGUAUACAAUCCUUUGCAAAGUAACCUCAUCUGAAUGAUUUUAUGAACUUAAGAAAGCAAAUCAUAUCUUGAAAGCUGCAGAAAUAUCUAGCCUAACAAAAUAAUGUGAUGUUUUCUGCAGAGUUGUGGCAUGCCAAAUCUUGUGAUCACCAUAAAACAUGAGGAUACUUCAUGAAUAAUACAUUGAAAUGCCAAUAAACUGUUUACUUCUAGCUUGUAGCCUGUUUUUGUACACACAAAACAAAGUGUGUCCAGGAUGUCUAGACUGCCAAGAAGGAAAAAGAAUAUGCUGUAGCUAUACUUUCAUGUAAUAUGUGAUUCUUGAGAGUUUUGUUUCUUACUAGUUUUGUCUACAAAGGCGAGUGCUUUUUGGGUAGAAGAGGGAAUGACAUGAAUGCAAUAGGGGCAAAACUUCACCUGUUCUUUCUCCACCAAAAGUAACUGAUUACUAAAAACCAUUAAGUGGUAGGAGAACCUCAGGAUUUCUGUAGCUAAUGCAUUAAGUGAGCAAUAUAUGCCAUCCAAAGGAGGGAGAAGUAGUGCUGUAUAAAUUAAUAUUAAUCUCAUUCAUUUCACCAUGAGACCAGUGUAGCAGAAAUCUUAAUAAUGGUUCAUUUUAAGUCAUAAAUAUUCAGUAGUUUUCAGCACUGAAGCUCCAGGUUUCAAUACACUUUUUAAACAAAAGAUAUAUUGAAAUAUAUAGAACAGUUACUAAAUAGUCAUGUAAAAUGGUGCUGCUCCUUACAGAAGUAUUUUAACUGUUUACAUUUUAUAUUUACAAAAUGAUUUAUGUAUAACUGACUUAAGUUUAUGUAUGAGUUAAUCAUUCAGAAUUUAUUCCUUUGGAAAAUGCAGAUUUUUAGUGAAGAUAGGCUGUAUAAUUGAUUGCCUUGUGUAGAUGCAUUUUUUGUGUAGUGAAUUAGAAUGUGAAGAGGAAUUUAAAUUAGUAACGCUCACAAAAAUGAGCAUAAAAAGAUACGGAAGUCUUGCCAGGCUCAGAGCAUAAGCAAAUAAUGUAACUGGCUGUAGAGGUUAUCCAGGAAUGACUGAUGCUUUUCAGUGUGGUUCCUUCUGCUUGUUGGGUUAAACAGGUAUCUUUUUGAAGUUCUAAUUGAAAGAGGAAAACUUGUCUUUGCAGUAAGUUUCAGAAGAAUAGAAGUGAUAGUAAUGCUUCCACUAUCUAACAUGUCUUUUUAAAAAACAUACAGGGUUACAAGGAAUGGUAAUGUCUCAAAGAUGACUAAAUUGAUAAACUGCACAGUUGUUUUCCUGGCCUGGCUAGACUGCUGGUAAGUGCUGUGUGUGUGUAAUUUUGCUUUCCUCACUUAUAUCUAAUAUUUCAAUAUUGCCUUUCUAAAUCACAUCUGUUAAGGCAAUUAUUUUUACAGGAUCCUGCCAAACUGUGUAUUACCUCAGAACAGGCAGGACAUGUUUGGAUUCAUCUAGCACUGGCACAUAGAAAAUCUGCUCAAGUUGAACGGAGACCAAGAGAACAGUCUAUUUUGUAAUUUUUUAUCAAAGCUUAAGCUGUGAAUUAAGCCAAAAUUUUUUGUCACACAACAGUACUCCAUUGCUAUAUAAGGUCAAAUGAUAUUCUGAUCAACCCAGUGUGAUGACGUUAAGACAGAAAAAUCAACUUCUGAUGCCUGCAGGUGCUGUUAAGAACAGAAUUUGGUAAAUAUAAUUUCUAUUUAAAUUUAUUUUGGACCCCUCUGCAUUGCAGUGAUAAUUGAAAUAUUUUGAAAUGUUGAAAUAAUUUUUGCUAUCACUUUCCAGUGCCCUAAAGAAAAAUUGCUUUUAAAGUUAAUAUUGAGUGAAACAGUUACUAGGCUUUUACCACAGUGUCCUAUCAGUAGUAACUUCACUGAGUUCAUAAUCUCUAAGGAGAACUGAGCUUUUCUUCUUUUAAGAUAGAGUUAAAGUUAACAAAUGAGUGAGACUGUCUGCUGCAACACAUUGCAGUGUGAGUGAGCUGUGUUUAAAUGGAUUAUUUCAGUAAGGUCAGAGUUUUGCCAUUGGGGACCUAGAGUUCACUUUUGGCACCAUCUUCAUAGCAGUGUUACCUCUUUUGGGUCUGUUGGUUUUGGGGUUUUGUUUUGUUUUGUUUUUUUGCAGUUGCUUUCGUUUUAGGCACAUUAAAGUGCUGACAGAUUUCAAAUACAAGAUCAGAUUCAGUAAUCAAAUUAUCACAACAACAUGCUAGUCUUAAGUUCCCUUUUUACUUGUUAAAAGAUACAGCUAUCUCUGAAAUAAUUUUAUGCUGCCACAGAUAGCUAGAGUUCAGCUGUCUUUGUCUAUUGUUGUUAGAUCAUAUACUAUCUAAUACAUUGUAUAAUUUUAUUCUGAAAGUAUUAAGCUGUAUUUUAGCCUAUGAUUGCAAAAUCUUCUCAUGACAACAGGCUUCACUGAAGUGCUUGCAACUUCCCUCUUCUAGGGCUGCUCCAAUCCACUGGGAGUUUGUAGGGAUUGAAUUGCAGUGAGCUGUUUGAUUUCUUAUGUCAGGUGAGGUUAAAAUUUGGGCAAUAAUAACGAGAUUAAUUUCCACCUUCUCUGGUCAGAGCUGUGGCAGGCAUCAAGGAUAAAAUAGCUCCUCUCCUUUGGCAGAAGUAGGCUCUUCGAGAAUUUGAAAUAGGAGUGUUGGGGGGGAAAUCAGUACUGUUACUGUGUGCUGUACAUCUGCUCUGUGAAGUCUUUUGCUGAUGGAAGACAGUGGGGUCAGAGCUGAGGUUUUUGUGUGUUAGUGUGUGUGAGAAGCUGGACUGCCAGAGAAACACCCCUCAGCUGAACAACCUUAGACCAGCCUGACUGACCAGGUCACCCCUAUGGCAUCCAUUCUGCUAGGAUGAACAGACGGAGCACUAUUUCCCGUGUGGGUGGGGUUUUAGUUUUGAAGAACCUUAAUAUGUUACAUGCAGUAGUAUCUUUCUGGAUAGGAAUUCCAGCCACUACUACUACAAAGGUAGUGUCAGCAGGAAUUGUUCAGUAAGCUCCAACACCCCCCCGCUCCCCACCAGCACAUGGGUGUGAAUUUAGGGGAGGAUACGAUGAACUGUAUCUGAGGUGGCUGUGGCAAUAGCACCCUCUGCUGCCUCUGUGCCCGAGUGAGUAGGGUGUUACUGAUGUGGGUUUGUUUUACGGAGAGUUGCUUCUCUGAACACAGGCUAUUUUGUUAGAGAGCAAAAAUUAAGCACCUUGACAGGCGUUUGCAUGAGUAUAAUGUCCUCCAUUAAUGUAUUUGGCAUUCAUUUCAACAUUGCAUAAAGAAAAACAAUCAGAAAACUAGUACAAGAGGAUAGUUCCUUCCCAGCCAAUAAUACGAAGCGUGUGACAUUAAAUGUUUUUCGAUUAAGAUUAUGGGGGAAAGGGGAGAACAUGGUUCAUCUUACACUUGGUCUUACUGUUUCAAGUUGCUAUAGGAAUUGAAUUACUGUUUCUAGACAUGUUUUUAUUUGCUGUUGUAACAGCAUGGACAAGCUGCUGUCAAUUUAUUUUUCUAUCAGUUUUUUAGUUCUUACAUAUUUAGUUUGAGGACUGGAGUUGAAGGAGAGCUGUCUGCAUUUUUCAGUACAAUUAGGAAGGGGGUUUUGAUGAAGAAAUGUGAUGACACUCUACUGCCUACCCAAAUUUUCAAUUCAUUUAAUUUAUUCUUAGUUAAGGGCACUGGACAAAAGCAGUAUUUUAAGUUCUCUCUUUCACUCCCUUCUCCUCCUCUUUAGCUAUCUCUGCAUUACAGAAGUAUGUUAUGAUUCAGAUCACAUUGUGUUUCUACUUCUGCAGUUAAAAAUUUAAGCUAGGUUUUCUUGAACUACCUCACACAAACUUUCUAUGUUUCUUAAGUAAGCAAAGCCAACCCUUGCUAUUGGAACUACACUGAAUGUGAAUAGAAAAAUAAACCUAUUGGCCAAUGUUGAGACAAUAUCAGUAAGUAUGUUUCUUAUAUAUUUCACGUAAGAUGUUAAUGUGUAAUAUAUAGCUUGUGUACAAUAAUGUACAUCUAGAAUAUUGUGUUAGCUGUAAAUUGGUGAUUUUAUUAUUGUAGUUUGGUUUUGUAGGUAAAAACAGCUUACUAGUAAUAUCAGCUCAUCCUUUACAUUUUACAAAAGGAAUAAUUCUUGGUAAGCUUUGCAUACAGAUGAAUUACUUUUGUAGGCCCAAUAUCUAGUCUAUUUUUGAGAGUUCUUUAACUUUUAUUACUAAAGUUGAGAAAAAACCCCCCCUAAUUAUUGUGAUCAUUCCUUCUGCCCCUUUUGAAGUAUAUUCUUAAUUUUAUUUUGUCCCAAGAAAUAUGAAGGGGAAGAUAGACCAUUAAAAAUACUGGGGAAAACAAAGUUUUUUUUUUUCUUCCCCACAUUUGAUACCUUUUACUGCUUUUCCUUUAUUCCCUCCAAAUAAGCUGUUGGUGGGGCAUUACUGAGAAUGUUGUGGGUUUUUUACUUGGUCAUGCCAUAGGUCAUUACAUGUGCACCACUGGAAUGUAUACAUUGUUAUCUAGUAUGUCAAUUGGUUAUAAUGAUAUUUUAAAUAAAAAAGAAAAAAAAAAUAA